AUGUGCGGCAUCUGGGCAGUGAUCGGUGAGCAGCCGACUGCUUUCCACCAUGAGCAAUUUAUGCGUAUCGUCGGACGCGGUCCUGACCUAACAGUCAUCGAACAGGUCCAACCAGGCGUUUAUCUCGGAUUCCAUCGUCUGGCUAUUGUUAUGCCUGGCGACACGCCAAGUGAGCAGCCAAUUGUUGGAAAUGGUCUGGCUGUUCCUGGUGACACACCAAGUGAGCAGCCAAUUGUUGGAAAUGGUCUGGCUGUUGUAUGCAAUGGAGAGAUCUAUAAUCACAAGACUAUAAAAGUCACAUCCAAUCUAAAAUUGAAAAACGACGGAAGCGAUUGUGCGGCAAUCAUUCAUGCUUUCGUAAAUGCAGGUUAUGAUCUUCGUGAAGCUUGUGCAAGUUUAGACGGAGUGUUCGCAUUUGUUAUGGCCGACGAGAACAACAUUUACAUUGGACGCGAUCCACUUGGCGUACGGCCAUUGUUUUACGGCGUAUCUGGAUCAGGUAACUUAGUUGAUUGA